AUGACCAAGCUGCUGCCGGCGCAAGAGGCGGCUCGCAUCUACCACACGAACUAUGUGAGGAACGCGCGGGCCAUGGGAGUGCUGUGGGCCCUCUUCACCCUCUGUUUCUCCAUUCUGAUGGUGGUGACCUUCAUCCAGCCCUACUGGAUCGGGGACAGCAUCGACACACCGCAGGCCGGUUACUUCGGCCUCUUCUCCUACUGCAUCGGCAACGCGCUCACCGGGGAGCUCAUCUGCAAGGGCAGCCCCCUGGACUUUGGCACCAUCCCCUCCAGCGCUUUCAAAACCGCCAUGUUCUUCGUCGGCAUCUCCACCUUUCUCAUCAUCGGCUCCAUCCUCUGUUUCAGUCUCUUCUUCUUCUGCAACGCAGCCACCGUCUAUAAAGUCUGCGCCUGGAUGCAGCUGGCAGCCGCUACUGGGCUGAUGAUUGGCUGCCUGAUCUACCCUGAUGGCUGGGACUCAACCGAGGUUCGGCGCCUUUGUGGAGACAGGACAGACAAGUAUGCACUGGGUGCCUGCACUGUGCGCUGGGCCUACAUCCUCUGCAUCAUCGGCAUCCUCGACGCCCUCAUCCUCUCCUUCCUGGCCUUCGUGUUGGGGAACCGGCAGGACAACCUCCUGCCAUCUGACUUUAAAGUGGAAAAUAAAGAAGAGGGCCAUGACUGAUGGAGCUGCUCACCUCACAAGUGACCCCCACAGUGAUUUUUAACAUUUCUUCCCAGUACACAUAAAGCUACUGGUGUAUUUUGGUUACUGAAGGACUGACAACGCUAGAGAGUUUGGUGCUAUGGUGAUACUGGUUUUAUUUGGGGUGAAAUAGGAAAUAAUCUUUGCUUUGCCCCUUGAAAGAUGGAAAUCAUAAAUCCUUGCUGAGUGACAAAAAAAAGCUCUUCUUCUAUCAGCCUUUUUCUUUAAACUGACUGUUCGAGAAGCUUUAAACAUACCAAAUUCUGUGGGUUUUCUGCUAUGGUUCUUUUCACUGAUGAAACUGCUUUUUGCUCACAGGUCUCAUGGAGUUUAUGUGACAGGAAAAAAACAGACUGGGCACAAGUCUUUUUUUAAGUCCAUCAGCAAACCUGAGGCAAAAGGGAGGGUUUGCUAUUUGCUGCUUCUUGGAGUUUGUACACUUUCCUUGAAGAGAAAUACUUCUGAGUAAAAAAACCCAAACAAAUUAAAACCAUGAGUGUUUUGGA